AAUAGAGAUACGGGGCUGACCAACUGCUACGUUGUUGCUGUAAACAACCUCAGAGUUUCCAGUUUUCCUUGCCACACAGGUACACCGAGGAGCUCAGAACAAUAGUGCUCUUUAGGUGUAGGAGAAUCUUAAUGUCAGCAACAUGGGGCAUCAGGUGAUCAUAUUAGACUUUUCGGCCAUAAGAGGAUUGUGGGAGAUUCGGGUUAAGAAGCACAAAGAACGGGAAAAAAAGGAGAAGCAACGAAUAGCCCAAAGUGCAUUAGAAAAGAUAAGGCAAGAAUGGGACAUUAUCCUAGAGUGCAGAAGAAAUGGCAUUCCACAAGCCGCGUAUCUGAAUAAUGGUGUUGUAGAUACUAACAGAAUUUUGGAUAAGGUUGAAAACAACUCGCCUCUCAUUAAGAAGAUUGCCUUGUUGAAUGAAACGCAGAAAGAAAGAAACAAAUUUAUUUUUCAACUUUCAGGAGAACACUGGACAGAAUUUCCAGAUUCUCUGAAAGAACAGACACAUCUAAAAGAAUGGCAUAUUAGCAAUACUAUGAUCACAACCAUUCCAGCCUACAUUGCCUUAUUUCAGGAGCUGAGAAUACUAGAAUUACCAAGUAACCUGAUCACAGAGCUUCCGACUGAAAUUGGCUGCUUAAAAAACCUGCAAGAGCUCAAUGUGAGUUUUAAUCGCUUGAAGGCUGUCCCUCCAGAACUGGGAGACUGUGAGAAUCUGCAAAGACUUGAUUUGUCUGGAAAUCUAGAACUAGCAGAGCUCCCGUUUGAACUAAGUAACCUGAAAAAAGUGACCUUUGUGGAUGUGUCAGCAAACAGUUUCCCCUCAAUUCCAAUAUGUGUGCUUCGGAUGUCAAGUUUGCAGUGGUUGGAUAUGAGCAGCAACAACCUCAAAGAUCUCCCACAAGACAUAGACAGGCUGGAAGAAUUACAAACUCUUCUCCUGCAGAAAAACGAGCUUACUUAUCUUCCACAAGCUUUGGUCAACAUGUCGAAGCUCACUUUACUGGCAGUGAGUGGCGAUAAGCUGGUUUCGAUGCCCACAGCUAUAUGUGAGUCAACCACAGGUUUAAAAUUUAUAAGCCUCAAGGAUAACCCUCUUGAAACAACCUCAUUUCAAGAGAUUGACAAAAUAACAGAAAGUGACCGUGAUCGUGAGCUGUUUGAAAAAGAAUUUAUGAAAGCCUACAUUACAGACCUCAGAGAAAGAGAGAUUGUUCCUUGCUACACUACAAAAGUAUCACUUAGUGUCCAAAUAUGAGGUCUGGGAUUCGUACAUCAUCAGAGAACCCAAAGGUUUAAUUUUGCCAUAACAAA